AUGGUGAUUUUUUGUCAGACUUCUCGUGCACUUGAUGGUCACGUCCCGGAAAGGGAUUAUACGGAUUCCAGAGCCAUUAAGAAAGUGAAGAAAGAAUCUGAAAAAUCGGAUACUAUUCUUAAGGAACUUAAUGCCAGAGUCACGAAGAAUAUAACUGAAGAAUCGAAUACUAAUCUUAAAAUACUUGAAGUUUUAACCGUUGCUGAACUAUUAUUGCAAGAAAAUCAAAUUCCGGAAUUGCCGGAAUUGUGUUUAGUAAUUGAUAACAAUAAACCAAGGGGAGAUGGUAGAUUCGGUUUUGUUGAUCUUAUUCUUGGAGGCUUAAAUCCUUCAGUAAUAGAAUUAAAAUAUAUUAAUCUCUCGGGUUUAGUAAAAGCAACGAAUAAUGAUUGGAAUUCAUAUUCAAGCACAAAUGAUUUAGCCUCUCUUGAUAAAUAUAUCGAAAAUGAAGAUGAAGAGACACUUUUAAAACGAAAAUAUAUGUUUUGGUCAAAAAAAGAUAACAAGCCAAAUCUCACAACGUUAAAUGAUAUUUUAUUUUCUGCAGAUGAUCAACUUAAAAAAUAUAUGAAUGUACAUGGACCGGCCCAAAAUGGUAAACAGGGUAUUAUAGAUUCUCGAAUCCUUAUAAAACAGCAUCCUAAAGAUUGUGGCAUUUUAAACG